UUACUGUAAAGCAGCCCUUGGAUAACUGAUUGCACUGUAUUAGUGUCUUACUCUGUUACAAACAAUGUGUGGGCCUGCCUGAGACCAGGACUGUUUACAGCUCUGCAGUGUGUUCAGUGUGUCUCUCUUUCCUAUGCUGCAUUAGAUUAUAAUGAGGAUUGCAGGUUUCUCUUAUAUAUAAGCACAGUUGGCUGGACAUUAUUCCUGAUAUCACUGUCUUUGUGUGUCUAAUCAGUUGUGUGGAUGAUCAGUACAGAAAAUGGAAAAGAAAUCUGCAGACGUGGAAACAGUUACAGGUGCAUCAGGAAUCCUCAGUGUUUCUCAGAGUUUUGGCAGUUUCGGCCGUGACUACAAGGGUAUAAUCCCUGCACGUGAUGCCAGGUCCAUGAGUUGGAAUAAACCUAAUCUCAGCAACCCUAAGAUUCCUGGUUUGCUGAGGAGAGUUUUCAAGGGGUCUGAUAGAAAGUCCAGACAUCAAGAGGUUGGUGAAUGGAGCCUGGAAGAGUGUCGACACUCCAUCAUGGAGCUGGCAAAGGAGAUGAACAGAGUCGUGAAGAACUCUGCCAUACCUACCCCUGUGUCCAGUGAGGAUACGUGCAGCCUGGAAGAGUGUCGCUGCUUCAUCAUGAAAUGGGCUGGCGAUUUGGACAAGCUGGUCCAGCAAAGCCAGAGUGCUGGACAGGUUGAGCAAAGAAAAGGAGCAGAGCUGAGAAACAAAGAGGAUCUCCCAGGACCAGAGGGGGAGGAGCUGAGUGAGGGGGCGGGGAAGAAACAGGGGGAGGAGCUGGACCAAGAGGAGGAGCAAAGACUGAAGGACGGUCAUGACAUCAUUAUGCAGUGGGCAAGAGAGCUGAAGACAGUGCCAGAGAACUCUGUCUCAGCGGGGGAGGCUGUGGAACAGGGUCUUGCAGAGCUGGUGAAGGAGUGGAAACAAGGCAAGCUGAGUAACAUCUUACCCAUCAUGGAGUUCAUCAUGUGGGCCCUGAUCAAGAAGAAGACAUACAAGGGAAUGCUGAAAUCUCAGAAUAUUGGUGCUGGGAGAUGCAUCCCUGAUUCAGUCUGGCAGUGGAUUCACAAGGCAUCAGUUGACAGUUUGACACUGGACCUCGAUACAGCACACCCCCGGCUCACCCUGCCUGUGGAUGAGAAACACGUGAAAAGUAAAAGGCAGGAUCAUAACAAUCCCCAGAGAUUUGAUUACAGGCGCUGUGUGCUGGGCAAGGAGGGCUUCAGUUCAGGGAGACACUACUGGGAGCUGGGGGUGGGAGAGAAUACAUUCUGGAGAUUAGGAGUCAGCAGAGAGUCUGCCCCGAAGAAGGGGAAGUUCAGCAUGACCCCCCAGCAGGGUUACUGGACUGUGGGGUGGAGUGGAGAUGAAGAUAAAGAUGAGUUCACUGCUCUCACUGACCCCCAGACCCCCCUCCCCCCGAGCCUGAAGCCCCAGAAGCUGGGGGUGUAUCUGGAUUAUGAGGAAGGGCAGCUCUCCUUUUACAAUGUGGAGACCAGAUCUCACAUCUACACUUUCACUGACAUGGAGUUCAAUCCCAAUGAGAAACUCUAUCCAUUCUUCUGGUCGUUGGAAUACAAAGACCUUGCACUGGUGUCCCCGGGGAAGAUGAAUGACAGCUUUUUCUUUCUUCUAGUCUGGAAAUGGAUUCUUGCUGCAUCAGUUGACAGUUUGACACUGGACCUCGAUACAGCACACCCCCGGCUCACCCUGCCUGUGGAUGAGAAACAAGUGAAAAGUAAAAGGCAGGAUCAUAACAAUCCCCAGAGAUUUGAUUACAGGCGCUGUGUGCUGGGCAAGGAGGGCUUCACCUCAGGGAGACACUACUGGGAGCUGGGGGUGGGAGAGAAUACAUUCUGGAGAUUAGGAGUCAGCAGAGAGUCUGCCCCGAAGAAGGGGAAGUUCAGCAUGACCCCCCAGCAGGGUUACUGGACUGUGGGGUGGAGUGGAGAUGAAGAUAAAGAUGAGUUCACUGCUCUCACUGACCCCCAGACCCCCCUCCCCCCGAGCCUGAAGCCCCAGAAGCUGGGGGUGUAUCUGGAUUAUGAGGAAGGGCAGCUCUCCUUUUACAAUGUGGAGACCAGAUCUCACAUCUACACUUUCACUGACAUGGAGUUCAAUCCCAAUGAGAAACUCUAUCCAUUCUUCUGGUCGUUGGAAUACAAAGACCUUGCACUGGUGUCCCCGGGGAAGAUGAAUGACAGCUCUUUCUUACUUCUAGUCUGGGAAGGGAUUCUUGCUGCAUCAGUUGACAGUUUGACACUGGACCUCGAUACAGCACACCCCCGGCUCACCCUGCCUGUGGAUGAGAAACAAGUGAAAAGUAAAAGGCAGGAUCAUAACAAUCCCCAGAGAUUUGAUUACAGGCGCUGUGUGCUGGGCAAGGAGGGCUUCACCUCAGGGAGACACUACUGGGAGCUGGGGGUGGGAGAGAAUACAUUCUGGAGAUUAGGAGUCAGCAGAGAGUCUGCCCCGAAGAAGGGGAAGUUCAGCAUGACCCCCCAGCAGGGUUACUGGACUGUGGGGUGGAGUGGAGAUGAAGAUAAAGAUGAGUUCACUGCUCUCACUGACCCCCAGACCCCCCUCCCCCCGAGCCUGAAGCCCCAGAAGCUGGGGGUGUAUCUGGAUUAUGAGGAAGGGCAGCUCUCCUUUUACAAUGUGGAGACCAGAUCUCACAUCUACACUUUCACUGACAUGGAGUUCAAUCCCAAUGAGAAACUCUAUCCAUUCUUCUGGUCGUUGGAAUACAAAGACCUUGCACUGGUGUCCCCGGGGAAGAUGAAUGACAGCUCUUUCUUACUUCUAGUCUGGGAAGGGAUUCUUGCUGCAUCAGUUGACAGUUUGACACUGGACCUCGAUACAGCACACCCCCGGCUCACCCUGCCUGUGGAUGAGAAACAAGUGAGAAGGAAAAGGCAGGAUCAUAACAAUCCCCAGAGAUUUGAUUACAGGCGCUGUGUGCUGGGCAAGGAGGGCUUCACCUCAGGGAGACACUACUGGGAGCUGGGGGUGGGAGAGAAUACAUUCUGGAGAUUAGGAGUCAGCAGAGAGUCUGCCCCGAAGAAGGGGAAGUUCAGCAUGACCCCCCAGCAGGGUUACUGGACUGUGGGGUGGAGUGGAGAUGAAGAUAAAGAUGAGUUCACUGCUCUCACUGACCCCCAGACCCCCCUCCCCCCGAGCCUGAAGCCCCAGAAGCUGCGGGUGUAUCUGGAUUAUGAGGAAGGGCAGCUCUCCUUUUACAAUGUGGAGACCAGAUCUCAUAUCUACACUUUCACUGACAUGGAGUUCAAUCCCAAUGAGAAACUCUAUCCAUUCUUCUGGUCGUUGGAAUACAAAGACCUUGCACUGGUGUCCCCGGGGAAGAUGAAUGACAGCUCUUUCUUACUUCUAGUCUGGGAAGAGAUUCAUGCUGCAUCAGUUGAUGUGACUCUGGACCCUGAUACAGCACAGUCCACGCUCAUCCUGUCUGCGGAGGGGAAACAAGUGAGAUGGGGAGUGACAUGGCAGAGUCUCCCUGACAAUCCAGAGAGAUUUGAUGUCUGGCCCUGUGUGCUGGGCAGGGAGAGCUUCACCUCGGAGAGACACUACUGGCAGGUGCAGGUGGGGGGGAAUACACGGUGGAUAUUAGGAGUCAGCAGAGAGUCUGCCAAGAGGAAGAGGGGGAUCAACAUGACCCCCCAGAAGGGUUACUGGACUGUGGGGUGGUAUGGAUAUAGAGAUGCGUUCACUGCUCUCACUGACCCCCAGACCCCCCUCCCCCAAAGCCUGAAGCCCCAGAAGCUGGGGGUGUAUCUGGAUUAUGAGGAAGGGCAGCUCUCCUUUUACAAUGUGGAGACCAGAUCUCACAUCUACACUUUCACUGACAUGGAGUUCAAUCCCAAUGAGAAACUCUACCCAUUCUUCUAUACUUACUGUGUAACAGCCCUUGUGCUGGAGUCCCCUGACCCUGACCCUGUCAGCGCUGCAGAUUAAACACACAUUGCUGUCUGAACCAGGAAACUGUUCAAACAGCUCAGACAAUCUCCUCUUCACUUUCACUGACACUCUCUCUGCACUCUUCUGGGCUGAUGAGAAGAAAUCCUCUCUUCCACCCUCUUACCCUGAGCCCCUCCUCUUUAUUUCUCAACACACCCUUUCCUACUCUCCCUUCCUGUCUCCCUCUCUCUUUCCCCUCCACCUCUCUCCAUCUCCUUCUCUCUCUUUCUCUCCUCUCCCCUUCUCCUCUCUGCCUCCCCUAUGGCUCUCCCCUCCUCUUUCUCUCUCCCUUCCCUCUGAUAUGCUAAUCCCCUCCCUUUCCAACUCUCCCUCUCUCCACCCUGCCCUCUCUACUCUCCCUCUCUCCUCCAUCCUCUCAACUCUCCCUCUCUCCUCCAUUCUCUCUACUCUCCCUCUCUCCAUUCUGCCCUGUCUACUCUCCCUCUCUCCUGCAUCCUCUCUACUCUCCCUCUCUCCUCCAUCCUCUCUACUCUCCCUCUCUCCUCCGUCCUCUCUACUCUCCCUCUCUCCUCCAUCCUCUCUACUCUCCCUCUCUCCACCCUGCCUUCUCUACUCUCCCUCUCUCCUCCUUCCUCUCUACUCUCCCUCUCUCCACCCUGCCCUCUACUCUCCCUCUCUCCUCUCUCCUCCCUGCCCCCUCUAAUUUUGUACUGUGAUAUUUUGUAACAGCUGUAAGUCUCCCUGGAUAAGGGUGUCUGCUAAGAAAUAAAUAAUGAUAAUAGACUUUCUAGACAAUAAAUGAAUGCAUUAUUUUCCAUGUAAUCAAUAUUUACACUGAAGCUGAGAUGCUCCCUGAAUAUUAUUCAUUGCUAAACUCAGUGAACUGAUUUCUGCUAUUUUUAUAUGAAUCUUCUGCUCUGUUUUUGUAGCGCAUCUAUUUUCUAUCUUUCUUGAUAAAAUGUAUAAAAGAUAUAA